AGGACCGAAGGAAGACUCAAACACGGCAUUAAAGCUUGCCCAGUGACUACUCCGGUGUGUGCGCGAAAUAUACCAAAGCUUGUAUUGGGGCACACACACCCACCCAACCAAUGGAACACGUAGCAGGCGAGCUCACGUGCAGCUCCAGUCAUCCUCAGCCAACUCUGCGGGCAACAUCCGCUACGAGGCUAUUGAUAUAACAAACACGGCCAGAUCAUAACUCAACGUUUAUUUACCUCAAGGGUCUUUACCUUCGAUGUUACAUUAUAAUUGUUUUUUUUCGACCAAGCUUUAUACAGAAUGCCGAACGACCCUCAGCAGUAUGGAACCCCAAUCAAGCCCAGUAAAACAAAUCAAUCCCACGAAACUUCAACCUGGCGCCGCGGGGUGUCUGCCAAAAAAGAAGGGGGCGAGGAGAACGAACUGAAGUACUCGCACUCGCGCAAUCACGUUUUGUCGCCCUCGCAGAAAGAAGAGGCCUACUGCGACGAGCACAAGAGAUUGGCGGACCUCGUCUACCUCGUGGAAAAAGCUCGCGACAUCGAGUCCAAAUCCCGGUCAAAGAAACGCCAUGACAACGGUCAGAGCUCGAAACUUCGGUCUGAUACUGGGUGCUCUAGUUCCGGGGAUCAGGUCAGGGUGGAAAAAAACCCGAAAAAACCCGACCGCAGGAUCAAUUCUUCCAGGCGGACUCGCAGCGCUGAAAGAGUCGGCUCUCAUUACACCUAUAUUGAUGCAAUGAGCAGUCUAUCGCGCGAUGUGACAGAACAUGCCUACGAGACAGUCCCCGAAAUACCAAACACCAGUGGGAAUAUGAACACAAUACACGACACCCAUUUACUUAAUCAAAACCAGAAUCAGAAUCAGAACCAAAACGCUCACAAUUAUUCCCAUCCGGUGUAUUCGAUUCCUUCGAUGACAUCACCGCCGCCCACCUAUGAUGUCGCUAUCAAUAAAUCUUGGCAGAACGGAUUGCCGCCGUCUUACGAGGAUUACCUCUGCCACAAGUACGCGAUGCUCGUCAGGUCCCACACCCCGCCGCCGCCAUGGUCAGAUUCCACCGCGACCAACGACUCCGCAAUUCCCUUCGCGAACCCCAAUGCGUUUCUACUGAAGAGCAUCGGCAGCCAGCAACCCUGCGGAGGUCUCAAUGGUACCUGCAGUCUUCACACCAAUGGCCAAAAUGACCACACGGGAUUCAGCACACGUGCUAUGAAGAAACAUGUCAAGCAGCAGAAAUUGCGCGCUAUGAGUCCAAGAUCAUUAAGCGAAAGUCGCGCCCAACAACAAAGACUCGCCACAAUGUACGAGGACGGCGCAUUCUGCAUGGAAACAACAGCCAUCCAGUCAGCAUUCGAGAACGGAGUCGCGUUCUGCAGCAUUAUGUAAAAUCUAAAUCACUACCACCGAAAAGUAAACAAAAAAAAUAAAAAAAAAAAUAAAAAAACAAAUAUUUAUAAUCCAAAAAAUAGUAAGUAAAAAAUGAUUGAAUAUUAUUCUAAGGGUACUCUGGCUGGCCCAGGCACCGUCACAUUAACAACUAUUCGUUCGGAUUAUUUUUUAUAUUAACUUUAUUUAUUACAAAGCAUACCCAGUAAUAAAAUAAUGAAAUAA